AAGCCUCCCGGAGCCUCCCCUCCCGGCGGCGGCCGAGACCCCCGGGAUGGGCAACCUGGAGAGCGGCGAGGGCCGCCCCGCACAGCCGCCCCUCGCCCCGCCGCCCCUGCUGUCGCCGCCGCCGCCGCCGCCGCCCAUCACCCCCGGGAAGAUGCCCAUGCCCGACCCCUGCGAGCUGGAGGAGCGCUUCGCCCUGGUCCUGAGCUCCAUGAACCUGCCCCCCGACAAGGCCCGCCUCCUGCGUCAGUACGACAAUGACAAGAAGUGGGACCUCAUCUGUGACCAGGAGCGGUUCCAGGUGAAGAACCCGCCCCACACCUACAUCCAGAAGCUCCGGACGUUCCUGGAUCCCAGCGUGACUCGCAAGAAAUUCAGGAGGCGAGUCCAGGAGUCGACCAAAGUGCUGAGGGAACUGGAGAUCUCUCUGCGGACGAACCACAUUGGGUGGGUCCGAGAAUUCCUCAACGAUGAGAACAAAGGCCUGGACGUGCUGGUCGAUUACCUGUCCUUUGCUCAGUGUUCUGUCAUGUUUGACGCGGAGGGCUUGGAGAUCGGCGACGACGGCCCCUUCGAGAAACUGCGGGCCUGGAGCCGGUCCAUCGAGGACCUGCAGCAUCCCAGCCCCCUCGCCGCGCCUUUCGCCAACAGCCUCGCCCGCUCCGCUCGCCAAUCCGCGCUCCGAUACAGCACGCUGCCCGGGAGGAGGGCGCUGAAGAAUUCCCGCCUGGUGAGCCAAAAGGAUGAUGUUCACGUCUGCAUCCUCUGCCUCCGGGCCAUUAUGAACUACCAGUAUGGCUUCAACCUGGUCAUGUCCCACCCCCACGCCGUCAACGAGAUCGCGCUCAGUCUCAACAACAAGAACCCCAGAACCAAAGCCCUGGUCCUGGAGCUGCUGGCGGCCGUGUGCUUGGUGCGGGGAGGUCACGAGAUCAUCCUCUCUGCCUUCGACAACUUCAAGGAGGUGUGUAAGGAACUGCACCGCUUUGAGAAGUUGAUGGACUACUUCCGCAACGAGGACAGCAGCAUCGACUUCAUGGUGGCCUGCAUGCAGUUCAUCAACAUCGUGGUGCACUCCGUGGAAGACAUGAACUUCCGGGUCCACCUGCAGUACGAGUUCACCAAGCUGGGCCUGGAGGAGUUCCUGCAGAAGUCCCGGCACACGGAGAGCGAGAAGCUGCAGGUGCAGAUCCAGGCCUACCUGGACAACGUGUUCGACGUGGGCGGCCUGCUGGAGGAUGCGGAGACCAAGAGCGUGGCGCUGGAGAAGGUGGAGGAGCUGGAAGAGCACGUCUCCCACCUGUCGGAGAAGCUUCUGGACCUGGAGAACGAGAACAUGAUGAGGGUGGCGGAGCUGGAGAAGCAGCUUCUGCAGAGAGAGAAGGAGCUGGAGAGCAUCAAGGAGACGUUCGAGAGUGCCAACCACCAAGUGCACACCCUGCGGAGGCUCAUCAAGGAGAAAGAGGAGGCCUUCCAGCGCCGGUGCCACCCGGACACCCACCCCCAGGGACCGGAGGCGGCAGCCAGCGGCCCCCUGGCCAGGGCGAGCCCCCCUGAGCUCAGCGAGGGGCCUGUGCCUGCCGACCCGGACCUACUCUCCCCCGCCCUACCGCCCGAGGAGACCCUGCCCCCGCCGCCAGCCCCGCCCCUCCCCCCACCACCCCCGCCGCUGCCAGGCAAAUGUCCCCCGGCCCCACCUCUGCCCGGAGCCUCGCCCUCCGUGGUCCUGACGGUGGGACUGUCCGCCAUCCGCAUCAAGAAACCCAUUAAGACCAAGUUCCGUCUGCCCGUGUUCAACUGGACGGCCCUGAAGCCCAACCAGAUCAGCGGCACCGUGUUCAGCGAGUUGGACGACGAGAAGAUCUUGGAGGACCUGGACCUGGACAAGUUCGAGGAGCUGUUCAAGACCAAGGCGCAGGGCCCCGCGCUCGACCUCGUCUGCUCCAAGAGCAAAACCUCCCAGAAGGCGGCCAGCAAGGUGACCCUGCUGGAGGCCAACCGGGCCAAGAACCUGGCCAUCACCCUGCGCAAGGUCGGCCGUUCGGCCGAGGACAUCUGCCGAGCCAUCCACACGUUCGACCUGCAGACGCUUCCGGUGGACUUCGUGGAGUGCCUGAUGCGGUUCCUGCCCACCGAGGCGGAGGUGAAGUCUCUGCGGCAGUACGAGCGGGAGCGGCAGCCGCUGGACGAGCUGGCCAACGAGGACCGCUUCAUGCUGCUCUUCAGCAAGGUGGACCGCCUCACGCAGCGCAUGGCCGGCAUGGCCUUCCUCGGAAACUUCCAGGACAACCUGCAAAUGCUCACCCCCCAACUCAACGCCAUCAUCGCAGCCUCCGCCUCCGUCAAAUCCUCCCAGAAGCUGAAGCAGAUGCUGGAGAUCAUCCUGGCGCUGGGGAACUACAUGAACAGCAGCAAGAGGGGAGCGGCUUACGGUUUCAAGCUGCAGAGCCUGGACCUGCUGCUGGACACCAAGUCCACGGACCGGAAGCUGACGCUGCUGCACUUCAUCGCGCUGACGGUGAAGGAGAAGUACCCGGAGCUGGCCGGCUUCUGGCACGAGCUGCACUUCGUGGAGAAGGCCGCGGCAGUGUCGUUGGAGAACGUGUUGCUGGACGUGAAGGAGCUGGGCCGGGGCAUGGAGCUGCUGCGGCGGGAGAACGGCCUGCACGACAACGGCGUCCUCCGCGCCUUCCUCAGCGCCAACGAGGCCCGGCUCGACAAGCUGCAGCGCGACGCGCGCACCGCCGAGGAGGCCUACAACGCCGUGGUGCGCUACUUUGGCGAGAGCCCCAAGACGACCCCGCCUUCCGUGUUCUUCCCGGUAUUUGUCCGGUUCAUCCGCUCCUACAAGGAUGCGGAGCAGGAGAACGAGGCCCGCAGGAAGCAGGAGGAGGUGAUGCGGGAGAAGCUGCUGGCUCAGGAGGCUAAGAAACUGGAUGCCAAGACCCCGUCUCAGCGCAACAAGUGGCAGCAGCAGGAGCUGAUCGCCGAGCUGCGGCGGCGCCAGGCCAAAGACCACCGGCCCGUCUACGAGGGCAAGGACGGCACCAUCGAAGACAUCAUCCCCGUGCUGAAGAGCGUCCCCUUCACGGCCCGAACCGCCAAGCGGGGGUCUCGCUUCUUCUGCGACGCCACCCACCACGAUGAGUCAAACUGUUAGGCCCCCCCCGGGGCCCAGAGCCCCGUCAGGCCUCCGCGCCGGACCCCCCGGCGGCCUGCGCCGCGCCUGGAGCCACGCCCCGCCCUGCGGCGCCC